UUCAGUGUUGGAGCAGGGAGCAUAUCAAAACGCAAAUAUGGCUGACCCAAGAGUGUUAUUUAUACUACCCCUUGUGCUCAUAUUAGCGACGGCCACUCAAGCAGCAGAGUUGCAGUGCUACAAAUGCCAAGAUUGUGAAGCAAUUGAGAAAUAUGAAAAAACUGCACAGGCGUGUACAGUCAAGAUACCCUCAACUGUCACCCCAAUCCAAUCCGCAUCUCUUGUCAACGGUUUACCACCUUCAAAUAACAACCAACAAGAGUCACCUAGAAAACAAUCUCAACGUGACACACUCCCUUCAAAUAACAACCGACAAGAGUCAUCUAGAGAACAAUCUCAACGAGACACACUCCCUUCAAAUAACAACCAACAAGAGUCACCUAGAGAACAAUCUCAACGUGACACACUCCCUUCAAAUAACAACCAACAAGAGUCACCUAGAGAACAAUCUCAACGUGACACACUCCCUUCAAACAACAACCAACAAGAGUCACCUAGAGAACAAUCUCAACGUGACACACUCCCUUCAAAUAACAAUCAACAAGAGUCACCUAGAGAACAAUCUCAACGUGACACACUCCCUUCAAAUAACAACCAACAAGAGUCACCUAGAGAACAAUCUCAACGUGACACACCCCCUCCAAAUAACAACCAACAAGAGUCACCUAGAGAACAAUCUCAACGUGACACACCCCCUCCAAAUAACAACCAACAAGAGUCACCUAGAGAACAAUCUCAACGUGACACACCCCCUCCAAAUAAUAAUCAAAAUCAAGAGUCACCUCUACAACCUUCUAAACCUGACACACCUCCUGUAAACUCAUCUGCAAACAAUAUAGCUUCUCCGACCAAUAAGCUAUCCAAUGAGCCACCGAAGUCUUCCGCUAUGCUGAUCGCUAGAUGCGUGCGUGUCGAAUAUAAAGUUGGUGGCGUGACGAAAGUCGACCGAGGUUGUUCCAUAGAAGAGACAAGUGCCAAAAAUGAAACUAUAUGCAAUACCAUUAUGAAGGACAAAACAUCAAAUCAAACCUCUUGCAUUAUUUGUGAUAAAGAUAAGUGUAAUUCUGCGGGUAAUUUAGUUGUUGGAUUGUUACCCCUUAUAAUGAGUUUGCUAUUAAUUAAGUAAUUUAUUACGUGUAUGUUAGAAUACCUUUAUUAUAUAAAGUUAUGAUAAUUCUAACGAUU